AUGCCCAGUAUGAAAAGCAAUGGGUUUGAGACUCUUGCGAGCGAGAAUCUUCGUCACGUGCUGAAUUUUUUGAAUAUUCGAGAACAGUUUGCACUAUUAAGUAGUUCCAAAGUUUUGUUACAUGGAGAACCAUUAUCUUCUUCCGUGGUGUCCUACUGUGGACAAUGUGAAGCCUGUCAAAGCAAGACGGAACAUCUUUGUGAUUUCAAGUACAAGAAUGAAUCAAAAGAGUUUUGGAAGGCUAUUCUACAGCAUUCAACGCCAACAGGACUGCGAGAGCUUCGUCUAGCAAGUUGUGAAGGAUUUAAUGCCUCCGUGCUAAAAACGGCAGGUGCUGCAGUAGCAUUCAAGUCUUUGGAGAUUUUGGAGCUCAGUCGAUGUGCAUCAAUGGAUGAAGAAGCUCUUGGACUUCUUGCAGGCAUGUGUGGCAACUUGAGAGAAUUGAGAUUUAGAGACAUGGCAGUGGAUCGGAAAGCGCUGAAGAAGCUGUUGAGCAAGAAUGCAGCCUCAUUGCGAAUUGUAGACUUGCUGGGCUGCCAUACCGUGAAUGGAGAAGAUGUUCGCGGCAUUGCACAGUGCACGCAGCUCCGCGAUCUGAGUCUUUGGGGAUGUCAUAAUGUAGACAAUGGUGCUAUUGACCAUGUUGUACAGCAUUGCCCCCAACUUGAAAGAUUGAAUUUACGUUAUGCACACAAAGUGGACGACAAGAUGGUGGCAGCAAUUGCGAUGCACUUGCCCCAACUGAAGGACCUGAAUCUGCGCUAUUGCUACAAGAUCUCCGAUAAGGGCGUGCAGUCACUGUGUAAAUUUCUACCGGGGCUGCGUUCACUAAAUUUAUCGCAGUGCUCACGUUUAAGCGAUGCUGCCAUUAUGCAAGUGGCUGCAUCAAUGACUCGUCUCAAGGAGUUGCGUCUCUGGGGCUGUAUGAAGCUUACGUCAAACUCUGUAUUUUUCAUUUCGGAGGGAUUGCCUGAGCUUACGCUGCUGGAUUUACGUAGUCGAGACAAGUUUGAGACUGUCAUUGGUGGUCCCACGGCCCUCAAGUUUCUCAUUCAGACAUACCGCAGCAAACUUGCGAGAUGGGAACAGGCGCAAGGCGAGCAGACUGGCGUGUUCAAACGCCACGCUAUUGUCGCUGCUGCUGCAUGA